GAAGAAGAAGAAAAAAAAAGAAAAAAAAGGGGGCGGGGUUUUGUUGGAGGCAAAAACCCAGAGAGGGGCUGUCGUUGUUUGCAGUUAAAACCAACAUCGGAAUUCAAUAAUUCUUUGCGGUUGACAGUGAAACGGACGGAAGAAUCAAAGGAAACAUGGAUGGAGGUGAAGACCAAAACGCAAGCACCACUAAUGGAAAUCCUCAGACGAGUGGGAACUCCCGUGCUCCGCAGAUAGCCCACAUGUCUCUGUAUGAGAGACAGGCUGUACAGGCUCUCCAGGCACUGCAAAGACAGCCUAAUGCAGCUCAGUACCUCCAGCAGCUCAUGCUGCAUCAGCAGAUCAAUAAUGCCCAACUCCAUAACCUGGCUGCGGUGCAACAGGCCACACUUGCAGCUAGUCGACAGUCCAAUACCCUGAGUAACAGCAUGUCUCAGGCACCGACCACAGUUAACCUUAGCACCACGUCUGCAGUGGGGACAAUGACUAAUCCCCGUCCCCACGGCCCGGCCACCUCUGCAACGACUCCAACUCUCAACCAGUCAGUGUUGCUGGGUGGAAACUCGGCGGGACAGGGACAGAUGUAUCUUAGGGUCAACCGCUCUCUCAGGGCUCCCCUUGCUUCUCAGCUCAUCUUUAUGCCUGGUGGUACAGCAACAGCUACUGUAGCAACAGUGGCCCAGACACAGCCUCAGCAGCAACAGCAACAGCAUGAAGUAGCACCUACCACUGCCAACACCCAGUCUGACAAUGAUCAGGUGCAGAACCUGGCCCUACACUGUGCCUCCACUCCCAGAGCUGUUUCUGUCAAGUCUGAGCUCCCGGAGAGGAAAGAUGGGGCCAGCUUCCUCGGUCAGCAGCAGCAGACUUUCUCACAGGCAGCUCAGCAGCAGCAAGUACAACCACAACAGCAACAACAAAUGGUCAAACCCAAUUUCACUCAGCAGUCCGCUGCCAACACUAUGACUGUAAAAACCGGAAACCAGGCCAUGACCGUCACCCCUGCUGCUUCUGUAGCUCCAUCCUCCACCUCCUCCGCAGCACUCCCUCUCUCACAACUCCUCUUGUCCUCCUCUGCCGCCCCUGUGAUCUUGGUGCCCACCUCAAAUGUUCCUACCUCCACCCAGGGCUACCCCAUCGGCUCAGUGACCCCAAAGGCCAACGUCAACACGCAGACCCUGGUGGUGCAGCCGCUACAACAGGCCAGCACUACUGCAGACAAAGGGCCUGUGCCUAUCCAGCCCAAGACAGCUCAGGGACACCGUUUACCUGUGCAGUUGCCCCCUAGACACCCACUUCCCAUUCUCCCUGCACCACCUAGCAACAACCAAGCCACCACUGGAGGACACAACCCUCCGCACAUCCCUGUGCAGCUUGUGGGAGCGAGGCAGGGCUUAGUAGGAAACGCCCAGGCUGUUGCCCUGGCUCAGGCACGAAGCAACACAGCCCAGGAAAUCACAGCUGGUGGAAAUUUUAACCAAACGUCAAACAACAGUGCCAUGACAAAGCCUGCCAUUGGCUCUCUGAAGAGGAAAUCUGACAGUGAUGCACCAAACGACAUGGCGAUAGAAUCAUCAGACUCUGCACCAGUGAAAGACUUUGCUCCUCCCUUAUCCCCUGCCCCUACAAAGGACUCGGCUCCUCCCGUAACCGCUGCAUUCUCAUCUCCUCCCACCCUGUCCUUACCUCUGCCCCUGCCAAGAGUUGGGCAUGGGGACAAAGACAGAGCGCCUGUUCCCCAGGCCGUGGUCAAACCCCAAGUGCUCACCCACCUCAUAGAGGGCUUUGUUAUCCAGGAGGGAGCAGAACCCUUCCCGGUUGCUGGACUCCUCAAAGACAGAGAUUUUGCUCUGGUUAGCCGCUCAGAAAAUGGACCUCCAUUGUUGAAGUGUGAAUACUGUGGAAGCAUCGCACCAGCCAGUCAAUUCAGAGGAUCAAAGAGGUUCUGUUCAAACACUUGUGCUAAGAGGUAUAAUGUGAGUUGCAGUCAACACUUCAAGACGAGCAGAGGCAGAAGUGGUGCAGGACUGGCAUCGCCUCCAGCAUCUUCUGAGAGCGCUGCAAGGCGCAGGGGCCCCUCACGCAGGAACAGCUCUAAUAUCGCCUGCAAUAAAAUGUCAAGCAGGCAUCUACCUGUCAAGUGUCACUCUGAGUCCAGUCGUUCGGAGGACGUGUCCAGUGAUGGGGAGGAAGAGGAAGACGAUUCUCCUUCACUUUCCCCAACCUCUUCACACUCCUGCUCUCGAGCAGACCACAGCGCUCCGCAGUCGGACAGUUCAGCUCCUGGUAGCCUCCCACUGGAGGGCGCCAACUUCCUCUCAGCAACUCCUGGUCAGUGGAGCGUUGAAGAAGUCUGCAGGUUCAUCUCUUCACUCCAAGGUUGUGAAGAGCUGGCUGCCCAGUUUCUGUCACAGGAAAUAGACGGACAGGCUCUCAUGCUUCUGCGGGAGGACCAUCUCAUCUCCACCAUGAAUAUCAAGCUAGGUCCUGCUCUCAAGAUCUGUGCCUCCAUCAACAGCCUGCGUGAGUGAAGAAGUCCUUGCCUAAGAGGAACGUCGGGAUCGCUUUCUCACUGAAAUCAAUACCUGGACUUGCUCCUCUGUUAGUAACAAGUUAAAAACCUAAGCCUGAGAUCAUUUUAUUUUUUUAUUUUUUUUACAAAAUAAAGGUGCUCCAUCAGUCAUGUGGUGAUAUGGAGAUGGAUAGUUUACUCUCUGGACAAUGAAUGUGUAAAAGAAACAUGUAUGCAUAUACUGUGUGCAUGCAUACAUGUGUGUAUGUGUGAGUGGUGGGCAUGGACAGUCUACCCAUAUGUGUAGUGUGUGUCACUGUGUGUAGAGACCUUUUGUAUGUAUACUAUACACCAGCCUGCAGUAAUUGGUGCUAGGUCUUCUAGCUAGAACAUGACAAAAAAAAGUUGCCUUCUUGCUGUAUUUCAAACAGUGCUUUAACUUUAGUGAUCUGAUUUCUGUCAUCAGCAACAGCCACUUCAUUUAAAUAUUUUAGUAUUUUAGAAGGUAUUUGUGUUAUAAGUUUUUUUUCACCAGAGGUUCCACCCGGGCUCCAAUCAUAUCAAAGAAAAGGACAUUCAAAGAGCCUGGUAUUUUCAUUAGUUAAUUUUACUAGUUAUUAAAAGUUUAGUUUUUUUUAUCUUUUCCAUUUUGUCAUACAAUCCAAAUUAUUUUUUCAUGGAUAUGAUAUAGUUUUAGUAGGUUUAAUCAACCUAACUACCUGAAAAUAGAUAAUCCUCAUGGUUUGCUCAUCCAAGGCCAAAGAGGAAGUGCUCUGUGUACAUGAAUGCAAUAAUACCAAUAAAACAUUACUUGUUA